UGUUUACAUUUGUUGUGCAAGAAAAUUGUAUAUUUCUCCAGAAAUGGCUCAAAAAUCUAUAACGUGAAAUGGCACACUUCUUGGCACGGAUUCUAGGUGUAUCAGCUAGGAGAUAUGUGGCAGGAGUUUCUCACAGCAAAAUCCACCCAGUUUUCUGCAUGAAUUGUAACAUAACCCUAUCUUCUGUUGGCAGUGAAAAGUCUCCUCCGAUUGUGAAAUUGGAGGGAAAGACAAAGAAGCGCCCCCGUGUUCUAUCCUCCAGCAGCGAAGAUGAUGCUGAAAAUGUUCCCGAGAAGAAGAAACAGAGUCCGAAGAAGAAGAAGGAGACACCAAAGGUUGACAGUCCAAAGAAGCAGGAAAAAACUCCGGAAAAAAAGCCUGAAGUGAAGGAGGAAGUCCCCAGUCCAGAAACGAACACCAAGGAGAAAGAAUCUCCAAAGAAAGUCUUUACAAUGUUCCAGAAGAAUUCAAAGGAGGGCGAGAGCAAAAAUGGAAAUGAAUAUGAUCCGGGAAAGAAGAAGUAUCAUCCAAUUGAAGAUGCGAUAUGGAAGCAAAAUGAGAAGGUACCGUAUUUGGCUCUUUCACGGACAUUUCAGCUGAUUGAGGAGACUUCGGGGCGCUUGAAGAUGAUUGAUAUUCUUAGCAAUUAUUUUCGCUCUGUGAUUGUGCUGAGUCCGGAUGAAUUGCUGCCCAGUAUCUUCUUGUGCCUCAAUCAAUUGGCUCCGGCGCAUGAGGGCCUGGAGCUGGGAAUUGCCGAGACGACACUCAUGAAGGCUAUUGCUCAGAGUACGGGCAGAAGCAUGAGUCAGUUGAAGAGUGAUAUCCAGAGUAUUGGAGAUAUUGGAAUUGUGGCAGAGAAAUCGCGAAGCAAUCAACGAAUGAUGUUCACUCCGGCUGCCCUGAAUGUCACUGGAGUCUUUCAGAAGUUGCAGGAGAUAGCCAGGAUGACAGGGAAUCAGGCUAUGGCGAAAAAAGUUGAUAAGAUUCAGUCGAUGUUUGUUGCGUGCAGACAUUCAGAAGCCAGAUUUCUCAUUCGUUCCCUGGCUGGCAAAUUGCGAAUUGGCCUGGCUGAGCAAUCAGUGCUCCAGGCUCUGGCUCAGGCAUGUACAGACACGCCGCCAAAUCAGGGCUAUCCGCCCAAGAUACUGAGCAAUCUCAAGAAACUCGGAGAGGCCGGAUUCAAGGCGAAAGUUGAUGAAAAUGUACUUUUAGUAAAAACAGCCUACUGCGAAUGCCCAGAUUACGGACAAAUUGUUCCGGUUUUACUAAAUGACGGACCAUCGGGUCUCCCGGAGAAGUGCAAAAUGCUCCCUGGGACUCCAGUCAAACCCAUGCUGGCUCAGCCGACCAAGGAUAUUCAGGAUGUCUUCCAGCGUUUCGAUAACAUUGACUUUACGUGCGAAUGGAAGUACGAUGGCGAAAGGGCUCAAAUUCACAUCAAAGAAGAUGGAACCGUAAGUAUCUUCAGCAGGAAUCAGGAGAACAAUACCACCAAGUAUCCGGAUAUCAUUGCCAGAAUUGAUUCUGUCAAGGGAGAUCAAGUGAAAUCGUGCAUUUUGGAUUGUGAAGCUGUAGCUUGGGACGUAGAGAAGCAGCAGAUAAUGCCAUUUCAAAUCUUAAGCACCCGAAAGCGCAAGGAUGCAUCAGAGGCCGAAAUAAAAAUCCAAGUUUGUGUUUUCAUGUUCGAUCUACUCUACUUCAAUGGGCAGCCACUGGUCAAAGAGCCCUUCUUCGAAAGGAGACGCCUCCUACGUGAAAACUUCAUCCAAGUCGAGGGAACGUGGAAGUUUGCCACGAGUCUCGAUACCAAUGACAUCAAUGACCUUCAGAAUUUCCUCGAUGAAUCCGUAAAGGGGAAUUGCGAAGGAUUAAUGGUGAAGUCCCUGAAACAAGAUGCAACCUAUGAGAUAGCCAAACGUUCGAGGAAUUGGCUAAAACUAAAAAAAGACUAUCUGUCAGGAGUGGGAGAUUCCCUAGAUCUCGUGGUCAUUGGCGGAUACAGGGGUAAGGGUAAGAGGACAGGAACUUAUGGUGGUUUCCUCUUGGCCUGCUAUGAUGCCGAAAAUGAGGAAUAUCAGAGCAUUUGCAAAAUCGGAACGGGCUUCAGUGAUGAGGCUCUUCAGCAACACACGGAAUUCCUCAGUCAACACAUCAUCCCAAAUCCCAGAUCCUACUAUCGCUUCGAUUCUUCCCAUCAGCCCGAUGAGUGGUUCGAUGCUGUUCAGGUGUGGGAAGUAAAGUGUGCUGAUCUGUCUCUGAGUCCCGUUCACAGAGCUGCAAUGGGACUCGUGGAUCCCAACAAGGGUAUUUCCCUGAGAUUUCCACGCUACAUUCGGAUUCGCGAUGAUAAGAAAGUGGAAGAAGCUACGAGUGCUCAACAGGUGGUCGACAUGUACUCCAAUCAGGACCAGAUCAAGAAUCAGAAGAAUACAUCACGUUCUGUUGAGGAUGAUUUUUAUUGAUCAAUAAAUGAUACACUUUUUAACAAA